AUGCAAUCUCAGAAGGAGAAACAUUAUCUCAAAAAGUUUCUCGAACGCACUAAGAAGAGCAAAGAGGAACUCUCAAACUUCAUUCUUGAAAAUUUCGAAGACAUGGUAAAGUCUAACUAUGCUGGUCCCAUAGAACUUGAUCUCAAUGAGUUUGUAAACAUUAUUCUCGUAGAUGCUUGUUUCAUAUUUGAGCUCUUUUCGUGCUAUGAUCAUAAAGAAGAUUUCAUAAUGAGAACUCCGUUGCUUUUCAAUAGAAUAAAGAUGGACUUGAUCAUGCUCGAGAAUCAGAUUCCAUUCUCUACUCUUAACAAGCUUUAUGCUUUCUCCAAAUCCACUCCCACAACAUUUCUUGAGCUUUCCAUGAAUUUCUUUGGUCUUCAAAUCCCUUCAAGCAACUUAUUAUUAUUAGACGAAAACAGCAUCAAACACUUCACUGACUUGCACAGAAGGUCUUGGCUCCCAAAAGAAGAUUUUAGUCCUGGCAAACUCAAGCAUCUUUACACCGCGACGAAGCUAGACAAAGCUGGUGUGAACUUUGCCCCGCCGCCACCACAGAAAGACUCGACACCACUGUUGAAUGUCGAGGUUUUUCGAAUGGGACGGCGCUGUAAGUUCAUACCAUGCCUUGGCUCGCUCGAGCUUCAUCUUCCUUUGUUCGCCAUACAUGAUGACACAGAAUACAUUCUUCGAAACGUAAUGGCAAUGGAGCAGUACCAGCCUGGUCCGAACUGUGCCACCCUUAUAUGCAGCUACAUGUAUCUAAUGAGUGCACUCGUAGACACUGAGCAGGACGUUGAUUUUUUGGUCGAGAAAAAGGUCAUUAAACAUAGUCUUGGGAGUAACAUGGAAGUGGCAGAGAUGAUCAACAAAAUUGGCAAAAAUAUGUACUUAGAAAAUUUCAUCUAUGCUGAGCAGUGCGAUGAACUUAACGAAUUUUACGAGCGUUGGUAUAACCGUGCUAAGGCAACUCUCAUAAGGGUUUACUUUAAGGAUCUUUGGACUGGCAGCUCCACUGUUGUUGGUGUUUUUGUACUCAUUUUUACAAUAGUUUCUACUAUUGAGUCAAUAUGGUCGUUUCAAGAGAGAAGCCUUCGUUCGGCCAAUAAAAUCAACUACUUGUCAUUUUCUCUUUAA